AUUGAAAACUCGUUAACAUUUGCAAAAUUAAAAAUAAUGCAUCCAAGCAUUAUAAAACUAAAUGAUCUUUCAGUAGAACUGAAAACUCUCGAAAAACUUAUAGCACCUAAACAAUUACCUAUACCUACCACAUUUAUGAAUAUGUUUAUGUAUGAAAAUGUUAUUGAUAUUGACUGUUUUAUAUUAAGCAAUAAAAUUACAUACUUGUUAAGAGUACCAAUAACAAACCCUAUUAAUUUCGAUUAUUUCCAUUUGUAUUCUGUUCCCAUAAAACAUCAGAGUC